AGGUUCAACAUCCCGACUAUAUGAAAACCGAAUCGUAGCAUGCUCAAAAUGUGGUGCAUUAAUGUGGACUUCUGAAAGCACUGCUACAGACCCACGAACAGGUGAACCAACUUUCACCCUUUGCUGUAACCAUGGCCAGAUCAAGCUUCCGCCGAUCAAACAGCCGCCGGCCCUGUUAGAAAAACUUCUUCAAACCAGAUGGUUUCGAGAUACUAUCCGAGUCUAUAAUUCUGUCCUUGCUUUUACAUCCGUUGGAAUGAAAAUGGAUUACAGUGUCGUCCACGCACCUGGUCCUUAUACUAUACGGAUCCAAGGUCAAACCCACCACAGAAUUGGCUCCCUCAUACCGCGACAAGGCUGUCUCCCAGAAUAUCUACAGCUUUACAUAUUUGACACGGCUAACGAACUCAAAAACCGCCUAAAUGCGAUGGGGCAAACCUCAGCAGAAGGUAACCUCGAUGAACCAACGUUGGCCCUCCUCAUCGAGAUGAUUGACGAGAACAAUUGUCUAGCAAAGAUCUUUCGUCGUGCACGAGACCACUACGAAAGCGUCGGGUCAGAGUUUACUAUUAGAUUAGUCCAAGAUAAAGGAAAGGGGAAAGAAUACGACCUUCCAACUACAAGCGAGGUGGCAGGUCUUAUCGUGGGGGAUAUGACAUCAACAAUUGGAGAACGUGAUAUAGUGGUUCAGUUUCAAUCUGACACUUUGCAGCAGUUGCGAGACGAUCACCCUCUAUAUAUGAGCCUCCAAUACCCUCUUUUGUUCCCGUAUGGUGAAUAUGGGUUUCACACAGAAAUUCCCCUGCAUCUUGAGACAGGCACUUCAAGAACAAGGCAAUUCGUGACCAUCCGUCAAUACUACGCUUCUCUGAUCCAAACACGUCCUACCCAAGGAAUGACGUUGAUUAAAGGCGGUCGUCUCCUUCAUCAAUUUAUUGUGGACGUCUAUACAGCGAUUGAAGAAGACCGACUGAGGUGGGCGAGAAAUAACCAAGAAAUCUUGCGGGCUGAGCUCUACAGCAAUGUCCUUGAUGCUGUAAGCAAAGGCGACACUGAUGCUAAAAUUAUUGGCCAGAGAUUUAUACUCCCGCCAAGUUUCACCGGAGGGCCCCGGUACUUAGUCGAGAAAUACCACGAUGCUAUGGCUAUCUGCAGAGAAUUCGGCAAUCCAGAUUUGUUUAUCACGAUGACGGCCAAUCCCAACUGGAGCGAGAUUAAAGAACAUCUUGAGAAAUACGGUGGAGAUUCCCCUAAUGAUAGACCAGACAUUGAAUGUCGGGUUUUUAAGAUGAAGCUCGAUCAACUGCUCAAGGAUUUCAAAGCAGGAACUUUUUUCAAGCCAUACAAGGCAGCUCUCCACCGAAUAGAGUUUCAAAAAAGAGGUCUCCCUCAUGCACAUAUAUUAUUGUGGUUAGGAAACUCUACCAGAACACCGAGUGCAGAAGAAGUGGAUGAAAUAAUUUCGGCCGAGCUCCCGAACAAAGAGGAAGACCCAGUUGCUUACGACUUAGUCACAAAACACAUGAUCCACGGUCCAUGUGGGCUCUUCAAUCCGAAGUCACCAUGUAUGGAAAACAAUGUGUGCACGAAAAAGUAUCCUCGGCCGAAUAACGACACCACUUCGAUUGACAAAUCCGGGUAUGUGUUAUAUCGUCGGCGCCGAACCGAUGCUACGUGUACACUAAAGGCUGGAGUUGUACUAGACAACACUUUCGUCGUCCCUCAUAACAUUAAGCUUCUGAAGAAGUAUGAAGCUCAUAUUAAUGUUGAAUGGUGUAAUCGGACAAGCGCGGUGAAAUACUUAUUCAAGUACAUAACCAAAGGCGUUGACCGAGCAACCGCUGUUAUUGAAAAAGGAAAUUCAGCAACUUCAUCCGACGCCACAACAUCCGGAGGAUCAAAAGAGAAAGUCCUGAGGCAACGCAAUGAGAUCCAAGACUAUAUCGAAGCCCGGUAUUUAUCAGCUUGUGAGUCUAUGUGGCGCACUUUCGCAUUCCACAUACACAAAAGAAAACCAUCAGUUGAAAAGCUUAUCAUUCACUUGGAAGGCGAACACAAUAUUACGGUUAAAUCAACAGACAACCUCGGCCGUGUAAUCCACAAACCGGGUAUCGAGAAGACGAUGUUCACGGAAUGGAUGGUUUUAUGCAGAAGGUCGGCGUUUGCCCGGACACUGACAUAUGUGCAGAUUCCUGAAUAUUUUGUAUGGAACAACAGUGCUAAGGUGUGGACUGAGCGUAAGAAAGGAAAAUCCAUUGGCCGAGUCGUAGCUGUCCAUCCUUCAGCAGGUGAUCGAUACUACCUGAGGGUCCUCAUUAAUAAGAUUAAGGGUCCUAGAAGUUACGACGAGCUAAAAACAUACAACGACGUGAAAUAUCCUGACUUCAAAUCAGUUUGUCACGCACGAGGCCUUUUGGACAAUGAUGUUGAAUGGCUCGAGAGUAUGUCGGAGGGUGCUCGAACGGCCAGCCCAUACCAGCUUCGUGAUAUGUUCGUCACAUUCCUAAACAACUGCUUCGUUGCAAGCCCUAAAGGACUAUGGGAACACUCAUGGAAAUCAAUGAGCGAGGACAUACUUCACAAGAGGCAAAGGAUCUUAGGCCACGCGAAUCUGGAACUGGACGAUAAUACCCUGGAGCAAUACACAUUGAUAGAAGUUGAAAAGUUGAUGCGCAUGCAAGAUCGCUCCUUAAACGAUUUUAAGGAUAUGCCGAAGAUCAACCCUGUUUUGCUCAAGGAACUGGGGAACAGUCUGUGGAAUCAGGAAAUGGAUUAUGAUGUUGCGGAGGAAACAUUAAGGCAUGACAAGCAGUACAAAUUGCUCAAUGCUGAGCAACUUGCAAUCUACGAAUCAGUCUUACACUCUGUUGAUAAGAAAGAAGGAAAACUUUUCUUUGUAUAUGGUGCAGGGGGCACUGGGAAAACUUUCUUAUACCAGACUAUUAUAUCCAGACUUCGGUCAAGAAAACAAAUUGUUCUACCAGUUGCUUCUUCGGGAAUAGCCGCAUUGCUACUUCCAAACGGGAGAACAGCUCAUUCCCGAUUCAAUAUUCCAUUGAAGCUCGACGAAGAUAAGCUCUGCAACAUCAAACCAGGUACAAUGCUUGCUGAGUUAAUUGAGGAAACAGACCUCAUAAUUUGGGAUGAGGCACCUAUGACACACAAACAUGCUUUCGAAGCAUUAGACAAGUCUUUGAAGGACAUAAUGUCUAUCAAAAAUCCACCCGCAAAGAAUCAGCCUUUUGGCGGCAAAACAGUUAUGUUAGGUGGUGACUUCAGACAGAUCCUACCAGUCAUUCCGCAAGGUAGAAGAGCUGAUACCGUACUAGCUUCGAUAAGCCAUUCAUAUCUAUGGAAUAGCUGUCACAAGUUCUCUUUGAAAACAAAUAUGCGAGUCAAUCAGGAUGAGACAGAGUUUUCUGAAUGGCUUCUCAAAGUCGGGGAAGGUCGUCUAGGAGAAGAUAAAGAAUAUGAGGAGGAUGUGUACGAUGACCAACUCUUAGAUAUCGAUGAUUCAUUGAUUUGUCAAAGUUUUGUUGACCCGUUGAAGGAAGUUGUUGAUGCUGCAUAUGGAAAAAUCAGCACCCCUAUGCAUUCCAAGACUUCUUACACCGAUACAGCUAUCCUCACUCCCCGUAACGAAACCGUUGAUGAAAUCAAUGCUUAUACCAUCUCACAGACCGACGGGGUAUCAAGAGAUUACUACAGCUCAGACAGCUUUGAGAUUUCAGAUACUACAUCAGAUCAGAAUGAUACACUAUACUCCAUUGAGUAUCUUAACUCAUUGGAAUUCUCGGGUUUGCCUUCGCACAAACUUACUCUGAAAAUUGGUGCCCCAGUUAUGCUUCUCAGAAACAUAAAUCAGAAAAAGGGAUUAUGCAAUGGUACGCGGAUGAUCCUAACCCACGUUGGCGAACGCGUUCUGAAGGCCGAGAUAAUCACUGGAUCCCAUAUUGGAGAAGAGGUCUUGAUCCCAAGAAUUGUGCUUCUGUAUGAUGAAACAAAAUUACCGUUCACAUUACGUCGGCGGCAAUUUCCUAUCAGAUUGUGCUACGCAAUGACAAUCAACAAAAGCCAAGGCCAGAGUUUAAAAGAGGUCAUCUUAUAUCUGCCUCAGCCAGUCUUCUCUCAUGGUCAACUUUACGUGGCCCUCUCCCGUGUCACAAGCAAAGCAGGAUUAACGAUCAUCAAAACUGAAGAUCCUCACCAGCUGAAAGUGAAGAACAUAGUCUACAAAGAAAUAUUCAAAGGCCUUCUUCCCGAGACAGGUAAUUUUAAAUUAAUUAUUUUUCCCUCCCAUCUUUUUCAGAAAUCUGAUAACAUAUUAUACUCACAGAUUAGCAAUCUCGAAAAUACCGACCAAGCGAUGAUACAAGCCAAUAAAGAAGGGACUUACACAUAGGUUUACCCCACCUAACCAGGUACAGAACUUUUAAUAUAAAAAGCAAUACUACAAUAUUCAACUAAACUCAUGCUGACUAACUAUUCUUAUCCAAUUUCAGGUCCUUUAUUGCUCAUGGUCCUCAAAAAACUUCUCAUCUACAAAAGACUUAAUCUGCUUCCUUCAUCAUCUUCUUUAUUUACAGCUUUUUUGGCUUUUGAACAUUUGCGUAAACUCCAUAUACAAUCCACUUUUGCGUUCAUACAAUCAACACCUAAAUUUAUUAUGAUAUUUACGCUCCACAUUUUCAUAGACAAAUAACCCGGGCGUAGCCCGGGAACGAACCUAGUAUACAAUAAUAAUGAAAUUUGCAAGAAUGGAAAAGAGGGGUGGAGUCCAACAUUGUUAGGUGUGAAAAUACACUGCUAACCCUACCACUUAUAUCUUUCUCUCUCUUUUUAAAAUAAAUAAAAUUAAAUUAAAUUAAUUCUUCCCCGAUAAAGGAACGUCGGCACAAACAUACAUUCUGAUAUCGAAGAAAUAUCAGAACCCUAGACAACCGGAUUCAGCAAAAAUGAACAAGCAUAAACACAACAAAAUCUUGAUCAAAAUCUAAAGAGAGGAGAUUAGAGCCCGGAAAAAAAGACAGAGGAGCUAUUGCCCCAGCCCCGACGAACGCAAAUGGGUAUUGGAUCCGAUGACCUCGCAGCUUCUCGGCAGCCGGUGUGUUUGAAACCGUACAUCGAUCCAUCCACGAUUAGUCUUCACCAAAACAGCCAUCCCUAGAGUUGCCUCGCGCCCCGACCGCCGAAAUCUACAAGAGACCCGACUCUCAAACUCCCUCCGCCAAGUUCAGCUGCUGCCUUGCCGUCACACACAUCCUACAGCACCGCGCACAAACCCUAAAGUCUACCGGCCCGGCCAAGAAGAGCUUCAGCGUCUAAGAGGGAGAUUUCCCGGAGAACAGCCAUCCCCGAGACAAGCUCGUCGACACAAGAAUCUUCACAGGGACGGCGUAACAAGAAGACCUUAGUCCCCAUAGAGACUGUUCAUCGCACAAAGAUAAUAUAAUAAUUAGCCAGCUAAUAUGAAUUAUUAAUGUUUACCUGUUUGUUAAUUUAGCGGGCUAACAUUCAUUAACAUUAGUUAGUUUAGCCGGCUAACAAAUGUAUUUUUAUGUAUUUGAAUCAAAUAUUUUCACGCAGUAUAUUUGUUAGUUUAGUCGGCUAACAUAUAUAAUAUGUUUAGGUAUUUGUUAGUUUAGCCGGCUAACAUUCGUUUGUUUAGCCAGCUAACAAAUAUAUUUUAACGUAUUCAAAUCAAAUCUUUUUAUGUAAUAUAUUUGUUAGUUUAGUCAGAUAACAUUCGUUUGUUUAGCCGGUCAACAAUAUAUAUAAACAGUUAUUUACUAACAAAUAGCUAUGUUUACCGGCUAUUUGGACACUUGAAGAAUAUUUUAUUUUAUAUAUAAUUUAAAAUAGUCCAUGUACGAUCGGUGAAUGGUUAAACUUUUUGAGAACAUCAAUCAUAGGUUAGCAAGGUUAUCCUCCGACAUAACCGGACACUCAAUGUUUUUAGCUGGUUUUAAUUUUUUUGUUAUAUGGCUAUUUGAACAAUUGACUGUCUUUAGUUUGAAAUGGCAAAACUCAUGUUCCAAAAGAUGCAUGUUUUACUUCAGAAGAUCUUCACAUAUAUCACAGGAAGCCAAACAUCCUUGGCAACAAAAAAAACAUGAUAAGAAGAAGCUCGUUGAAACUCCUCUGCUUCAAAAUUGCAAAGCAAUGAAACCCUUCAGAGAUAGAACCAUCACAUGCUCAAUAUUUUGCUAUGGAGAAGAAAAGAAAGAAUCUUGAUCACAAAAGUUACUAAGGGAUGUUGAAAAGCACUAUUUUUGCGGCACAGCUCUUUCCCACUGUCCGGAGAAGUCCACACACGAUGUUCCUUGGAUUCUCGUAAAAGACGUACUUCGCGGCGGUGCUUUUGGGGAUGUACGUGAUUGAGAAUUUGAAUGAUGGUUCCAGAGAUUAACACAUCUUCAGAGACCUGAUCAAAUAAAACAUCAGACAGAAAUGAAAAAAUAUUUAUCUGAAACAAAAUCCACAAAAGAACUAAGCAAAAGGUGUAGAUUCCUAGGAGACUGAAGACGAACAGAAAACAAAGCAGAGGAAUAAACCCAGUAGUAAUGUUCCAAAAAAAAAUUAAUAAUAAACCCAGAAGCAUUUGUUAGACCUUAUAUUGGAAAUUUCUUCAAUUCAAAUUAUAAAAGGUAGGACAAAGCUUACCAUCGUAAAAUCAGACUAACGAGGAAGGACCGACCGAUUAGAGGACCCGUCAAACGUGGGUUGCAGAAAUAUCAAGGAGGUGAGAACUCGAGGAGAUUGUGAGAAAAAGGAAACGACGCUACGGAGAAACCAAAGGGAUUGAUAGAGAUGCCGGUGAUGUUUUGCGAGGAAACUAGAUAAAAUGGUCGGCGGAGUAAACAAAAAGGUUCGUUGAUCAGGAAGUCGAAAUGUGACUGUUACAGAUGUGAUUGGAAACCUUAAUUCAGAAGAACUUGGAGAUCAUGAUCUAUGAGGUUUCUAGAGAAAACAAGAUGAAAAGGGAAGAUGAGUGAACAGUGAUUUUGAGAGAGAAAGGAGAAGUUACGGUUUAUAUUAAAUGCAUGUAAUCGGUUAUCGUGUUUGUCUUGACAAGCUUUCUCACGCGUAAUAUAUAUAUACAGAGUGUUUAUAUAUACGUAAAAACGUAAGUGUUUAAUUACGGAAUAGGGGCAGAAUUGCCAUUAAAAAAAAACACAUCAUCGAUUAAGUCAAUUUUCCAUAGCUGCAAAAUAGUCAGUUAUGUUUGUAUAGGAGUCCCAAUUUCUCUAAAUUUUAUCACAAUUUUCGUGAAAAUGACGAAACUAUCCUUGGUUAUUAAGAUCUUAACAUACGACGCCGUUUGGGAAAAGCUGCUUCUCCGUCCGUCGUAACACGUACACGUUCGAGGAGGAGCAACGCAACGCAGAGUUUUAGCAUUUCUGAUUGUUGCAUCCAGGCUUCAGAGGUUUCCUUUGAGAAAGAAAGGGAAAGGCAUCUACGUCUGGUAAAAAUGGUGUCCCUCCCGUGGUGAAACCAGAUGCCUCUAAAAGUGUCUCCUCCAGAUGGUUCUUCAAAAGUGGUUAUAGGAGGAGGAGGAGGCGCUGCUGCUAUUGCUGGUGCUUUUCUCUUAGCAUAUCAGACUCUGGCUAUUUUGGAUCAGUACCUGAGGAAUUAGAAAAGCCAGGUUCUCUCCUCCUUCAGGAAUACAAUCUACAACGCAAUGGUACUGAAACCACUGGAUCACCAUUAACAGGGGAGGGGAUCUACUAACUAAAAAUACUGAGGUUUUAAACUUUACUUUCCUCUCUCUGUUCCUUCAGUGUUUCGUGGAUUAGCAGGCUCUUUCUAACUCAACUGAGGGGCUGAAAGAUGGAAAUUUAGUACUUGGUUUUCUGGAUGCCAUUCAUGCAGCUGAGGAGAGACAUUUUGAAGCCCAAGUCUCUUACUGCAAAACUACGAGCCUUGAAGGUUGCUUGAUAGACGACAUAUCUCAUAUAUUGAUUUUAAUCUCUCUACUGCCCUUUCUUUAUCUGUGAUGAGCUUCUUUGAGUGAAGCUGAAGAAAUGGCAAAAGCUGAGUUGAUUUCGGCAAUUGCAAAAGAGAAGGGUGCACUUGCGCUGGAAGAUACACUCUCCAAAGGGUUGCCAAUCCAAAAUGAGAUAGAUAUGCUUCAGACUUAUCUUGAAGGAAUUCAUCAGGACUCGAUGUUAGACUUGGUGUUAUCAUCUCUUCCAGAGGAAGCACUAUCCAGUGGAACAGAUGCAGUACAGCCGCUGAACCAGAAGUUUAAUACCUUGAGAGGAGCACUUAGACACUUCAGUCUCAUUCCACCUGGUGGCGGAGGAAUCUUAGCACAUUCACUAGCAGAUAUAGCAUCGUGGCUCAAGGUGUUAAAGGAAGUAAAGCAGAGGAAAUACUGAAUGCUUGGGUGAGACGUGCAAGAAACAGAGCCAUCACAGAACAAGCUGUAACUCUUCUCCAAUCUUAUGCAACUUGUGCUAGCCUCACUUGAUCAUCUGGCCCAGAGUCCUCAAGUUCAUUGAUUUUGGCCAGAGGAAGAAUCAUUGGUUGUUACGAUUCUCAAUUCUUCUGUUUAUAAUAACUGCACUAUGAAACAUACACUGUUUCUUUUAGGACUCAUCACUGGUUUGGUGUUUAAAAUCACAGUUGUCCUUAUCUGAGUUAGAAUUUAACAGAAGCAGCUGAAUGCGCUUAAAUUUUGUUAGAA